GGAGCGCUCUUCCGGCGCCGCUUCGCCUCCGCCCGGCUCCCCGGCGGGGAUGCUGCGGCGGAGCGGCUGGCUGAGGCGGCUCCCGUCGAGACCCGGGGCCGGAGCCCGUGCCCGGCUCCCCUCAGGCGCCGAGAUGCCCAGGAAAGGCGGUGCGACGAACAAGGCUAAGAACCAGAGCAAGGAGCCAGAGAGGCCACUUCCUCCCCCGGGUCCUGUGGCGGUUGAUCCUAAGGGUGGCGUCACCAUAGCCAUCCGUGCCAAACCCGGGUCCAAACAAAACGCUGUGACAGACGUGACAGUGGAAGCUGUGAGCGUGGCCAUAGCAGCCCCCCCGUCGGAAGGAGAGGCUAAUGCCGAGCUCUGUCGGUACCUCUCCAAGGUCUUGGAGCUCAGGAAGAGUGACGUGGUUUUGGAUAAGAAAUUGAUGUAUGAAGGUAAAAACCCUGGAGAGUUGUCAACAUUUGUAGUACGGCGGAAUCUAGGGAUACAGCUGCUGGUUAGACCAGAAACCCAGAGAUGAGCGGGAGAACGCGCUAGCUCGGCUGUCGGGAAAGCUGCAGCCCAUCAGCGGCAGCCCCGAGGACUCAGCUUUGAUGGCCGCAGCUGAGCCCUGCUCUCUCUAAUAGCACUAGAAUGCUCAGUGAGUCAUCCUCACACCAUUUUUUCCUUUUGGUCCAGGGUGGUAAAUCUCGUGAAAAAGUGGUGAAGCUAUUAGUGUCCACAACUGCAGAAGAGAUCUUGGAGAAAUUAAAGCAGCAAGUUGAAAAAAAAUAAAAGCAAGUUAUGAGAAGUACAUCCUUGAGAAGCUUUUUAAUUGCUAUUCAUGAAGAGGCUGUUAAGUAGGAAAAUGUAUUUCAGUGCACUGAAGAACAUGAAAAAAAAAAUUUAAGAACAGGACUCAAAAGAGAAGUAGGAAUUUUAAAAGUAUUGUAUGUUCGAUGUAGGUUCUGACAUCCAGACAGUUUGGAACAUGUUAGUCCGAUUUCAUUGCAUUACAAAAUAACAGAACUGGAAGAGAUCUUCAAGACGACCUCAGUCGGCCCCUUUCAUCCUGUGACGGGGCUUCUGCUAUCCAGAAGUUGAGAGUCUUGUUCAGGAUCACACCAUGCGGGAUGGCAGCUAGGACCCAGGGCUCCUGGUUGGAUGCAGUUUAUCCUGAUUGUAAAUGAAGAUGUUUCCACAGCACUCUAGGGUUCUGAGAAUUGCCUUCUCUAGAGUUUACAAGUGACAGAAGAAAACCUGUCACACUGCUUUGUGGUCUUACUUUAUAUUUUAAAAGGCUUAUCUAAAUACAAAAAUGCUUUUUGUGUCUUUUGAAAACUCUAUGGAGCAUUUUGUGAAAAAGUAAGAGUAAUCAGGACUUGUAAUUUACUGUUAAUUAUUUUGGGGAAGUCACUGAAUUUUUGUCCUCAUUGGAUGGUGCAGUCUUCAAAUGUGGUAGUUCUAUGAAUCUCCAAAGAUCCUUAAAAGAAGAGGGCCUGGAAGCUACUUUCAGUAUUUGUAAAAGCCUAUCAGAAAUCAUAUCUACAUUAAAGCUUCAAAAGCUAAUAAUAAAUACCUUGUUUUUCAAUAUCCAA